AUGAUACUCAACAUCCGACAUGUACCAACCGCAAUGCCUACAACGAAACGCUUCUUUUAUCGCCUCUUUGAUGGAGGCUCAACCGACAAGUCGUCAGAGUGUCACUUUCAUUUCCAUGCAUCCCAUUCCACGACACUUCCAUAUACAUCAUCCACUUCAUCACCGCCGUCGUCGUUCCCAUUAUUGUGUAGACCGCUUCGCGCCCCGCUCUAUCUGCAGCCAACGCCCGCAGAUAGCUGGAUGCAGGACCCUCUAGGGCAAGUCUUUUCACCCAAGCCAUACGGUGCUGUGCACAGCUUCAAGAUUGGAACCCAAGAUAGCUCUUUUUGACACUCCGACUCGGCUUUCACACUUUUCCGCGCCUGCCGUUCAAACUGUCUCAGCUCUAGUUUUUUAUCUUCGCAUACAGCUCUCUUCCUCGUGCAAAUCAACCUCCGGUUCUCUUCGUUCACCAAAAAACAUUUCAUCUUCAACUGAAUCUUCGCUUCUCUCAACUAAUUCCCGUCAUCCUGCACUGCCUGGCACUGUCGCAUGAACUAUGCCAUGUCUAAUUGUAUCGGAAUAUAUACCCUUCUCAACCCCCUUGUUUUCACCCACCCCGCCACCCUCCGUGUCUCACCAUCAUAUUGGCGUUCCCUCGCAGGCCGUAAAAUAAAUAUCUAUCCUUUGAAAUACCAAGUAACUCUAAGUUAUCUCGUAUUAUUAUUAACAAUUUUUUAAUUUGUUUUUGCUUUAAAAAUAUGUUCCG